GUACACUCUUCAUAUGACAUUGUCAGUAGCAAUCACAUAGGAUACAAUAACAACGACGAAUCCAAUCAUGGCCGACACGACCAAGACCAACUUUGCCGACAGGGCGGAAACCUUUCAAGCGGCGCUGUUGAGCCUGUUUUCAGGCAACCCAGACAACACCGAAACUGACCUCUCGAAGCUACUCACUCCAACAUUCACUAUACGAGCCGAUGAAAGCAAGAUGGACUUUCCUGCUUUCGUGGCUUCCAUCCGUCAUCUCCGAGAAAUUCUACCCUCCGUCACUCUCACAACAACUCAGUUCCUGCGUGACGGUGCACAGCUCGCCGAGCGACAUUCAUCGUCGACAACAGGUCCAGACGGGUCCGUUGGGAAGGCCGAAACUUUUCUGUUCGCCGAGGUCGCUGAAGACGGUCGUCUCGAGUGGAUCAUCGAGACGGUGCGGAAGAGAGACUGA